AUUUACAGAAGGGUUGACUUACGGAGGAAUAGUUGAGAGGUGCAGCAACCUUAUAUUUGCUAUUUUUUGUCACUAACCGUUACAUGUCAUCAUACCUUCACUAGUCCCUAGACUUAAACUUCCUGAAGUGAACCUGAUACCUGCCCGUUGCCAUCUGGUCCUAACCUACUCCAAGAAGAUGGAAAUAGCAGUAGAUCUUGUCACAGAUUUAGCGGAUAAACUCCGCAGUGAUGCAAAGCGUCUAGAGGAAGAUAAAGCAAAAAUUCGCCAAAGCAUUGAGACGCUUCAAGACUUGAUCAAAUCAGGCAAGGUUUCAUCUCUUUCAGAAGCCCAAAGAGAUGAUGCCCUGUGCAAUCUUAAUAGAGCGUACAGACUGUCAGAAACAGUUCAAGUAUCAAUAAAUCUGAUGACUAGAGAUCCAGCUCAAACUGCUGCCAGCCGUGAGGUAAAUAACUUGUUGAGUGACCUGGAGAAAGAUGUUAAAAGAAGCCCCAGUCAUUCAAGACAGAGAGUUAUGUCUUACAUGAAUGCAUGCUGCUCAAAUCAAACAGUUGGUGUGCCUCCAGAUGAACAUUUUGGUGCUGCUAUUGUAGGUUGUACUUUAGAUGAUCAGAAACAGGCUAAAAAGAGAAUUGAGAUGAUGCUAGACUUUGUUGAUCAUGGGUCAUGAUCUAUGCCAUAAUUUUUUCUAAGACUAUUGGUGCCUUCUUGUCCAUUUAUCUACUUGUGUUUUGAACAGCUUAGUUUCUAUCGCCCAUCUCAGUUGGCUCAUGUGUGAUGUACCCAUAUGGAAGAAUCAAAGUGUAGUAGCUUAGCAUCCUCCUACCAAACUGAUGUACAUGUGGAUGGUAAUUUAAAUAGCUAAAAAAAGGGCUUCACCAAAUAUAUUUCUAUUAUGGUAAGCAAAACUGAUUUAAUUUUUAGUUUCCAUGUUGGAAUUUUUAAAUAAACUUGAAAUACUUCUCCUUUUUAACAUCACAUACAUAUUGAAAGCAAAUAAUUUACUAGGAAUGAUUUGGUUUUAGAUUGAAUUAAUACGGUCUUAUUUGCAAUCUAAUAAUGCUGUAAUUCUACUUUUUUUUCUCUCAUACUUAACACUAGAUUUACUUGCGAAUUGCUUGUAUCUAUUAAACAGGGUAUCAAUGUAACUGGUUGUUGGUCUCAUCACAUCUAAUCUAAUCUUGGAUUGUCCCUAAACUGUUUGCAGCUAAUGGGUUCUGGAAAGGCAGGAGUGAUUGGCAGUGUUUUAGGUAAUAUUUCAGUUUUUUGUAAAAAUGUGAAGACACAAUUUUAAGAGAUAUCAUGCUAGGUAGUAACUAUUUGUAGCUACCUUAGUUAUUCUUUGGAAAAAAGUUUCUACUUCAGACUUUUUAGAGAACAUUCGCCUCUUGUUUGUAAACAUAAAUCAGGACAACUUGGAUGUGUGCGUAAUGAGGGAACUUAAGCAAACUUUUAGGCUUUCUUCAGCAUUCUAGUCAACUAUUGUCUUGAUUUUGAUGAUGUAACAUGUUCAACAGUUUUGAAAACAACUACUGCAUUGUUGUCAGCUUUGUCAACCUAACUCAAUAUACAGGUAGUCAUUAGGUUUUAAAACAUGUAACUAGUGGAAACUAGAUAAGAUUUAAGAAGUAUUUUAUGUAUUUGUUGCUGGUAUCUGGAUAUUGUUUUGUACUGUUGUUAUACUUGACUGCCUGUCACUAUUGCCGUUCUUUUGGUGCUGCAAACACGAAAGUGACUUCAUUUAAGGGGGGACUUAUUUAUUUUGGGAGUCUAGCUUUGGAGUUCAACUAGACUUCAAACUGCUUGUAAUCACCAUAUGCUGUCAAUGUCUAACAUUGCAAAUGCAGCUGAAAAGUGUAUGUUCUGUAUUUUUAUUAUCACCUAGGGAAUAAUAAGUGUGCUAAGGAGAUCUAUCCUGAGUAUGAUUGGCAUCUGACUUUUGUAUUGUCAUAGUUUAUCAAGUAAUGUUAAUUAUGGUUUGGUCCUAGGAUUUUAAUGACCAACUGUACGGCUGACAAAUAUGUAGAGCAUUUAAAUGUCACAUUCCAUACAAGCCUUUAAAGAAACAGUUGCUAAUUUGAUCUCAGAAAGAAGUGAUUGCCCAUUAUCACAUCAUUGCUUCAGACAUCUGUGUCUAUAUAAUUUUCACUUUUUCCAUUCAAUGUUCUCAUAAUAUCCAAUUAAUCUUCUUUUACUGUCUUAAAAUUUUCACUUUUCUUUUGCCAAAUAAAUAAUCUAUGCUGUAA